UCUUAUUAUUCAACAUCUGAUCAAUCCAAAUUAUUAGCCUUAAAUCAAGAAUUCCUGGAAUUUUCAAUUUUAAGUCAAUCCAGAUCUCCAACACCAAAUCAGGAAAUUUGUCUAAUAUUAAAUCAAGAAUCAACAACUUUACUUCAACCUGAAUCAUCGACAUUACACCAACCUGAACCAUUGAUACUAAAUCAAUAUAGAUCAUUGAUUAUAAAUCAAGAAGAUAAUGUAAAUUUUUAUUACCAAAUGUUAAGAAAAAAUAAUAAGCACCCACUUAAAUAUUCUAUUAAUGACUACGUAUGUAUUGCAAUUCCAAAAAUAGAUUGUAAUGCCAUUGAUCAGUCUACUUUACCUUGUAAGGUAAUUGAGGAAUUGCCAAAUAAAACAUAUUACUUACAAUGUAAAAAUAGAAUACUUGAUACCACCUUUAAUGUAAAUAAAAUUAUGUCACUAGGGCUGACAGAAUAUGAAGAGUUUAAAGUUUGUCAAGACAAAAUUAUUAGUGUAUGA